AUGGCUUUUACAGAUGACGGCUGGUUUAAAACAGAUGAUGUGGGCCAUUUUGAUGAGAAGGGGCGUCUUUUUGUCGAAGGAAGACGCUCAGAUGCCAUUAUGCAUGGAGAGUACAUCAUAUACCCAUCCUGGGUGGAGAAGAAGUUGAGAACAUGUCCCUAUAUUUCUGAGGUCAUGGUGGUCCCCGUUCCUCAUCCAGAUAUGUGUCAUGAGGUCUGUGCCUGUGUCAUACCCAAACCAAACAUGGAUGUCACCACUAAGAUGAUCAAAGAUCACUGCGAUCCAAUGUUCAUCAGCGAUUCCCUCCAUGAAAUGUCAGCCAAACCAGCCUACUAUGUUCUGGUGGAGAGUUUCCCUCUCAGACCAACAGGCAAACCUGACAGACGGGCAUUAUCAGAAAUAGCGGCAAAAAUGACCUCAAUCAGCCUCUAA